CGCCUCUCGACCCCAGCGCCGCGCGCUCCCUUCCGCGUUCCGCCGCCCGCCCCACCUGGCGCCGGGCCGCUGGGAGCCUCGCGCCAUGGCCCGAGCGCCCGGGGCGCGGCGCUGACGGCGCCCGGAGCGCGCCAUGCCCAGCAGGACGGGCCCCAAGAUGGACGGGAGCGGCGGCCGCGUCCGCCUCAAGGCGCACUACAGCGGGGACAUGCUGAUCACCAGCCUGGACGCGGCGACCACCUUCGAGGAGCUCUGCGCGGAAGUGAGGGAGAUGUGCAGCCUGCGCCCCGGCCAGCCGCUCACCCUCAAGUGGGUGGACAGCGAAGGUGACCCCUGCACUGUGUCCUCCCAGAUGGAGUUGGAGGAGGCCUUCCGCCUGUCCUGCCAGCACCGGGUCGACGGGCUCAUCCUUCACGUGUUCCCCAGCAUCCCCGAGCAGCCCGGCAUGCCUUGCCCUGGAGAAGACAAAUCCAUCUACCGCCGCGGUGCCAGAAGAUGGAGGAAGCUGUACCGCGCCAACGGCCAUCUCUUCCAAGCCAAGCGCUUUAACAGGAGAGCGUACUGCGGCCAGUGCAGCGAGCGGAUAUGGGGCCUCGCCAGGCAGGGCUACCGGUGUGUCCACUGCCGACUGCUGGUGCAUAAGCGCUGCCACGCCCUCGUCCCGCGGACCUGCGAGCGGCCUAUGGAUUCUGCCAUGCCUUCCCAAGAACCCGCAGCCGACGACAAGGACGACGACGCAGACCUCCCCUCCGAGGAGACCGAUGGCGUUCCUUACAUCCCUUCCUCCCGGAACCACGGCGGCGUUAAGGACGAUUCUGAGGACCUCAAGCCGGUCAUCGACGGGAUGGACGGGAUCAAGAUCUCUCAGGGGCUGGGGCUGCAGGACUUCGACCUCAUCCGGGUCAUCGGGCGCGGGAGCUACGCCAAGGUCCUCCUGGUGCGGCUCAAGAAGAACGACCAGGUCUACGCCAUGAAGGUGGUCAAGAAGGAGCUGGUGCACGACGACGAGGACAUCGACUGGGUGCAGACGGAGAAGCAUGUGUUCGAGCAGGCGUCCAGCAACCCCUUCCUGGUCGGCCUGCACUCCUGCUUCCAGACGGCCAGCAGGCUGUUCCUGGUCAUAGAGUACGUCAACGGCGGGGACCUCAUGUUCCACAUGCAGAGACAGCGGAAGCUCCCGGAGGAGCACGCCAGGUUCUACGCCGCGGAGAUCUGCAUCGCUCUCAACUUCCUGCACGAGAGGGGGAUCAUCUACCGGGACCUGAAGCUGGACAACGUCCUCCUCGACGCUGACGGCCACAUCAAGCUCACGGACUACGGCAUGUGCAAGGAGGGCCUGGGCCCCGGUGACACCACGAGCACUUUUUGCGGAACCCCGAAUUACAUCGCCCCGGAAAUCCUGCGCGGGGAGGAGUACGGCUUCAGCGUGGACUGGUGGGCGCUGGGCGUGCUCAUGUUCGAGAUGAUGGCCGGGCGCUCCCCCUUCGACAUCAUCACGGACAACCCCGACAUGAACACCGAGGACUACCUGUUCCAAGUGAUCCUGGAGAAGCCCAUCCGCAUCCCCCGCUUCCUCUCCGUCAAAGCCUCCCACGUCUUGAAAGGAUUUUUGAACAAGGACCCCAAAGAGAGGCUCGGCUGCCGGCCACAGACUGGGUUUUCCGACAUCAAGUCUCAUGCGUUCUUCCGCAGCAUAGACUGGGACCUGCUGGAGAAGAAGCAGGCGCUGCCGCCCUUCCAGCCGCAGAUCACAGACGACUACGGCCUGGACAACUUCGACACGCAGUUCACCAGCGAGCCCGUGCAGCUGACCCCGGAUGACGAGGACGCCCUGAAGAGGAUCGACCAGUCCGAGUUUGCAGGGUUCGAGUACAUCAACCCGCUGCUGCUGUCCACCGAGGAGGCCGUGUGAGGCCGCCUGUGCGCGCCGUCCUCCUCCUCCCCCCCGAGCGCGCGUGCCGGGGAGGGCGCCGCGCCGAGACCGCGCCGCGCGGCCGGGGCGCCUCUCGGGGCGGAGCGGCCCCCCAGCGGCCCGCACCGCAGCUUCGUGCGGGAGGACUUCGCUCCUUGUGCCUGCGUCGCGGAGGCCCCGCGGUGACCGCGUCCGUCCAAGGGAGGCCCGGUCCCGCGAUUCCGAAGGUGCACACUUCCCACAGAAGCGGACUGACCCGCUCCGCCGGGAGACUCACCUGUGACGUGCGGGGAAUAAAGCGUUACCGAUGGUGUAGA